AUGACGGGCUCUAGUCAGUGCCCUGACCCCCACGAUGUCAGUCCUUUAGUCAAUAGCAAUACAUCGAUCACUGAUGCAACUGCUCAUGGUAGUAGUGAGCUGUUUAACUCUCAUCGACAGUCGCGCGAACUUAAUCGUCAGAUAUCGUCACCGGCGGAUUUCGGAGGUCUCGGUACUCGUCAAUAUCUUCAAAAACACUUGAUCACUCCGGGCUCAGCGACAUCUGCUUCAUCUUUCGAAGAAGGGGGUCUCUCCGAUGGCUUCUCGGAUGCGGGCACGCUCUCGUCAGAUAGAUCCAAGUCAGAACAUGGGACAACGUCGUCGCUUAAGCACAUGACCAAGAAAUUGUCGUCUCCGAGUCGAGAAUCCCUUGCGAGGCACCUAGUGGACACGAAGUUCGAGACGAGCAAAGUGGAUAUGACUGAUGACGGUUUGCUUUCCAAUGGUCUGCUGGGCAACUUGGUGGUGAAGCAAGUGCCUUUCAGCUUCGAAAAAGGUCAAGACUCGAUGACUUCGAUGGUGGAAGUGUCCUCUCAAGCUUUGACCACGCAGACUCAAGAGAUUCUGGAGAUACCACGCAAGAAGAUCCGUCGUGUUGUCAUCCGCAGGACUGGCGCCGAUGGACGUGUUCGUCAUGAAGAAGUGCGGUAUGUCGAUGCUGACGGAAAAGCUGUCCAGCAGCGUGGGCAACAGUGCUAUGCUGAAGAUGAGACGACUGGGACGUCAGCAGCCUUUGCUGAACAAAAGAUGGUCAGUCCUCAAGUCUCGACGUCCGCCAAGAUUUUGCGGCGUGUCGUAGUCCGACGCACUGAAGCAGAUGGGCAAGUUUACGAAGAAGUGAAGUACCUUGAUGUUCUUGGCAACAUCGUUCGGUCGGAAGGCAGAAGAGUAUCGAGCUCUUCUAAGGCUUGUGAGGGAACACGGCACAUUGAGGUCCCCGUUCAGACCUCGGGACGAACUUCUGUUCAAACGACAGAGGAGACACGAGGAGUAGCUGGUGAAGAAAUGCAGCACGUGGCUGCUGCUGGAAAUGUCGCUGGAAGCAAUGAUAGUGCAUUGGUGGAGACUUGUGAUAGCGAAGCCUGGCAGGGUUCCAUGCACGAAAGCUCUACCGAGACGCUGAGCACACGGAAAGUCACUCGUCGCGUCCUUCGACGUACAUUGAUUCGGAAGGACGGAACGCAUUUCCCGACUGAAGAGUGCAUGAACCUGAAUGAGCAGGUUAUUCAAGAUGCAGAAAAUACUCUUGGUAGUGCCAGGAGCUUCUCGGAUAGUGUCAGCAGUGUUGCGAGUAAUUCUUCGACUGGCAGAGUGAGUCGACGUACGGUCACUCGUCGAGUCGUAUCCCCGGAGCGUGUAGUUCGACGCAUGGUCGUUCGAAAUGGCACUACAAGAUCUUGUACUGGAGCUGAAGUGGACGGCUUGGAUGAGGUUGAUGCAGAAAGCAUUGCAAGUGAGGACGACGUCACCAGUGACGGAUCGUUGCGUCGAUCGAGUCGCGGUAUAAAAGUAGUAACGGGAAGUCAAGAGACAUGGAACAGAAGUCGACAGGAUGCCGCGUGGUCAUCGUCUUCAUCAGACCACUCACAGAAGCCAGCCAACGCCAUCAAUGCGAUCUCUGCUUGUUCCUCUGUGAAGCUGGAUGUCACGACGACAGUAGCUCAUGAAGGGACGAUGAAGAUCAUUGCACCUCCGAGUGAGGUUCUUUCGUCCAGCUCAGCAUUGACAUGUGUCGUCCCUCGUAGCUUCAACACUGUUGAUGACAAAAGAAAAGCUUACAAUGUUGGUGAUGUGGCAACGGUGGAGACGUUAUCAGAUACUGCAGUGGUCGCGCCUGCUCUCGUACCUCAGCAGGCAAGCACAUACCACGAGAUUGAAACGGAUGGAGAAGUAAAGAAUCGUUUGUCCAUCAAUGGACCAGCAACCAUGGUAACUAGCUACAGCAUGAAACCGGACGAAAAGACCGAGCAACAUUUUGCUGCUGGAAGAAUCUGGGUCACUUUCGACAAGUCUGGCGAGGCAACUGCACGGAAGGCUGCGCUACCACUAAAGGGUGAUGCUGGAGCGAUUGCAUCAGAGACAUUUGAUACUUCUCUGAACGAAAUAGCUGAUUUCAAUGCGCCUGAAGCUGCCAGCAUAAAUGACAGGAAGUUUUCAGGAUCGUCUGGAGUCGCUGUCACUGCUGGUAGCGACAAUUCAAAUUGGUACAUCAAUAGUACUGCGCCUACGAGUUUUCUUGGUAGCGGUGUACUUGAAUAUGAUGGGAUGGUCUUGGAAACAUCAGCACCAUUGACUGCAGCAAGUCAACGGAGCUGUGCCUCAAGGAGUCAUUCUCAGCCUGAAGAGAAGCACACCGGAGGGGAUGGAUCGAUUGUUGCUGUAUGUGUUGAUAAGCCGAUUACUGAGAGCUCCGUGGACGAUACUGAAGAUGCUACACCUGUUACGACCUUGUCGAUUGAUGACCAGUCUGCAUUUUUGUCGUCAAUGUCCUACAGAACAUUGGAAGAGCAUGAAGACAGUGUUUUUGGAUCUUCUCGAGAGACGAGGAGUGUCAGCAAGUCAAAUGACCGACGGAUGACGAUGGAGGAGUUACAAACACCGAUGGAAAUCGAGGAAGCUUUUGAAUCGAAAGACGCAAAUGGAAGCGUUGGCUUUGAAGCACUUGAGGGAGCUGAAUCAAUGACAGCGAGUGAAUUUUGCGGUUUUUACAGAGAAGAAGACAUGUUUGAUUACUCUGCAGCGAUGAACGUCAAUGGCUCGGGAGAUACAAGGGUCAAUGUGGCUUGUGAAGGUGGGGAGGAAGCCAGCAAGCUGUCAUUCGAUGUGACGUCUCAUGACAGCAAGACUUCCACUGCAGCUAUUCAAGUCGAAUCUCUUCGUCACAGUACGUCGUUCGAUGGCACGUUGACGACUGCAUCUGGUCUUGCUGCCUCGAUCGAAAAGGUCAAUCGAGACAGUGUCUCCCGUCCGACCGAGCUCAUUGAUCCCAUUGAGCCGGAAUUUGACCCGGACGAGCAUUACAUUGCAGUUGCGAGUCCUUGUCAUGGAAAACUUGCUAAGAUUGAAGAGGGGGUGAAUGGUGCAGUCAAGCCGUGCGUGCUGGCGUGGAAUAAGCUGAGCUUAAAACACGCACCUCGGGAAAAAUGUGCAGUGGGUGAUACAUUGUCUGGUUGCAAUAAAGUUUUGCUUGACGACGUAAGUGGUUUGGUGAGAGCUCAAGAGUUCCUGGUCAUUACAGGCCCGUCCAACAAAGAGUGCCUAGCAUUGCUAUCGUGUCUAGCCGGGUAUGAAGACGACAUGGAAGGCAUUGUGACUCUGAAUGGACAUGCAUGGAACAAUACGAUGCAUCGCUCGCUCGCCUACGUUGUGCGUGAAGACCUUUUUUACGAGACGCUGACUGUCCAGGAGCAUCUACUUGCUCAAUUGCACCUUCGAAUGAGCCAUACCUAUACCGACAAGAUGUGUCUAGAGCUAAUAGAGCAGGUGAUGAAAGACAUGGGUCUCUCUUGUUGCCGCGACAAGUUGAUAGGAGGUGGUAUUUUCACGCUUCGCGGACUCACACGCGGUGAGCGUAAGCUUCUUGCGGUAGCAGCCGCUUUGCUAACGAACCCUUCAAUUCUUUUCGUUGAAGAGCCAACGGUUGGGCUGGACACAAUAAGUGCCGAAAAAGUUGUUGCUAAACUGCGCUGGCUUGCGAUCGAGAAGGGGUUGACGGUCGUCACGACGGUCCAUCAUCCGUAUCCUCACUCGUACGAGCUCUUUGACAGACUCUAUCUGAUUGGAGACACCUCGUGCGUCUACGAUGGCAAGGCGUCGGAUUGUGUUGAGUAUUUGUCAACACUUGGGUACCCGUGCCCUAACUACAGGAGCCCAAUGGACCACUUUAUGCUUCAGAUGGAUGUUGGUGGCGGUGAUAAGGAUCAUGAAGAUACAGCUGGACUACAAUUACUGAAGCGUGAAUGGGCUCAACACAGUGGAGCAGUGUACGAUAAGAACGCAGUCCAGACGGACGCGACGAGUCAAGACUUUGAAGUUGAUGGCAGUGACUGUACAAUGAAGAAGGAUCGUCCAACGAAUUGCUGCAGCCAGUUGUGGAUUAUGUGGGCUCGUCAUAUACGUCGACUAUCACGUUAUGGAUUUGUCUUUUGGUGGCACUUACUAGCUGCACUCUUGAUUGGCGUCGUGUUUGGACUCGUCUACCUUGAUCUCGACCUCACCGACGAGCACGGUAUCAAGAAUUUCUGCGGUAGUUUUUUUUACGUGCUCGUCGUGCAAAUGAUUUUCAGUGCCUACCGCAGUUUUUUGUUUCUACCACGAGAGACUGCGAUUGCCUUGCGAGAAUGUCAAGAAAAUGGCGGAAGCAUGUUCACCCUGUUGAGUUGGUUAAUCACCAAGAACGCAGCCGAGCUCCCAUCCCUCAUUCUUCUUUCGAUCGCCAUGUUUGUGCCCGUGUUUUUGCUGGUUGGAAUCGGUCACGGUUUCAAGGUGUAUGUCUACAUGCAGAUUACCAUCGUGCUAGCUGGGUGGACUUCAAUCGGUUUGGUACUGUUGACCAUUGGUAUGUUUCGCCAUGUUACGCGUGCUGUCAUUGCAUUUGCCGCUCUAAUGAUGCUCUGCGUUUACUCUGGUGGUCUUUUGAUCCAUGGUGGUGAUAUUCCUGGCUGGCUCGUAUGGCUGCACCACAUCUCACCGAUCAAGUACGGCUACGGGGCUAUGAUGACUACUUUCUGGAAACGGGUGGACACGAUUGAUUGUGACUGGACUUUGAAUGAUUGUGUUGCCUUCACUGGUAACGGUGUGCUCAUUUUUUACGGCAUGGAGUCGGAAUCGGGAUCAGGUGAUGCUUUGGUUCUAGCUGCUAUUUGCGUCGUUAUAUUCUUCGUAGCAUUCUGGUUCCUUCUAGUGUUGGCGAAGAAGCGCACGAGUGCUUUGCAGUGGCGAUAUGAGUGGACUUUUAGCGGCUAUUUGGGUCAACCUGUUGCUCGUAAUGCUGUUGACGAGAAGCUGCAAGUCACGAGGAGCAGUCUGCAUCGUGCUAGCAAACGGAAGAGUCAUUGCAGCUUGCCCACUACUGCAGAAGUAGAUAAUCACUACAUUCGCGUGGAAACUCCACGGGGUUCUGGUCAUGCAAUGCAUAACGUCGCAUAUGUGACUCUCGGCUGGAGUAACUUGCGGGUAGAAGCUCCGAAGAACAGCAAGGAAUCAGAGAUAGACAGGAAGAUGCACGAUUUACUCAGUGAUGCCAGCGGAUCAGCACAGGGCGGGGAACUCGUGCUUGUCUCUGGUCCAUCGCGUGAGGCGAAUGUAAUGCUGCUGGAGUGCCUUGGUGGACUACAAAAGACGUUGGAAGGCGAUGUGACGAUCAACGGAGUUGUAGCAACAGCAGACAAAGUUUCGAAGCACGCUGCGUACGUGGCCUGUGAUGAUCUCUUCUACAAGACGCUGACCGUAAUGGAACAUCUGCAGUUCCAAGCUCAGCUGAUAGCUGACAAGUCAAGCAAUGGCUGUGGCUCAGGUUGUGGAUCUGGCGCUACUGAAGAGAUGACUGACUGCGUGGAUAUGGUCUUAGAGGAAUUGGCACUGACUUCGCAACGACACGUUCUCAUUCAGAAUCUGUCAAAUGUGAAUUCGAAGCUGCUCGCUAUUGCAACGGCACUACUGAAUCAUCCUUCGAUCCUGUUGGUCGAGGAUCCCACAUGUGGCUUAGACUUCUACUCUUCCCAGCGCGUGGUUUUGGCCUUACGCCGACUCGCUCGUGGAGGACGCACUGUACUCGUGACAAUGACACACACGUCGUCACAUUUGUAUGCCCUCUUCGAUGCAUUGUACCUGCUUGCUGGCGGAGCAGCGAUUUACCAUGGAAAAGCGAGUGAGGCCGUACCUUACUUUUCUGCUCUGGGUUACCAGUGCCCGCGGUACAGCUGCCCUGUAGACUUCUUGAUACGCUUAGUAUCUGGUGGGAAUGACGAAGCCGAGAUGAACGAUUAUGACCUGACUACACGACUAAAGGAAGUGUGGUCGACUCAGUACGUGGAUAUGUGUCCUCGUGACAGCAGUGACGAGCGCACCACGGACAGUGAAAAAGCUGCUGCUUGUCGCCGAGCUGGAUGCUGCACUCAACUCUCGAUUCUGUUCAGUCGUCAGAUCCAAAGCCUUGCACGGUACCGAGUUGUCUUUGGUUGGCACGCGUUUUGUGCGAUCGUUGCAAGUGUACUUUUCGGUCUCAUCUUCUUCCAACUUGACCUGGACAACCAGCGAGAUAUCCAGAACUGGGCUGGAGCUUUUCUCUCCAUGAUUAUGCUGCAAAUGCUCGUAAUGGCGUAUCGGACGUUAGUCUACCUGCCGUUUGAAAUGUCGAUUGUCAAACGGGAGCGCCGUCAGGGACGGUACCCCAUGGUAUGUUGGUACUUGACAAAAGUGUUGGCGGACAUUCCUGCUACGCUCGUGCUGUCUACUUUGCUGUUUCUGCCAGCGUACUGGCUUACUGGCAUUGGUCACGGCUUCAGCCUCUACUUCUACAUGCAAAUCGUCAUGUGGCUCGUGAGCUGGACUAGUACGGGUAUAGCUACGCUACUGCUUGGCCUCUUCGGCCGCGUGCGUAUGGCACUGAUGGCCUACCUGAUCUUACUGCCUCUCUUUGCAGCCUUUGCCGGUUUGCUGAUUGAUGUAGACGACAUACCGGACUUCCUCAAUUGGGUGCAGUAUCUUUCGCCAAUGACGUAUGGCUUUGAAGCUCUGAUGAAGCUCUUUUGGAGUCGCACUGAAGUUCUCGUCUGUGGACGUCGCGAUGGAAGUGGCAGCGCUGCAUUUGCUAGCGUAAACACUUUCGUGGUAUCAAGUUCUGGCUCACAAAAGGACAAGGACGACUGCAUUGUCCACUCGGGAGAUCAAGUGCUCUCGCACUACAGCUUGAGUACGUCUCGGACUUCUCGUACGGAUAGCAUUGUCCUGCUGGAGCUCGCAGUGCUGUAUUUCUUUCUUGGCUACAUUUUUCUGUCUAUCCGCUGGCGUCGAUUCAGAGCUCGGUCGUAUUGCCAGACGACGCCGCGCGAUGUUUGA